AUGGAUUCUGGUAUGGAGAUUUGCAAUGGUGGGCUCUCAAACGGUGACGUUUUGGGUGUCUCUUCUAAGCUUGAUAAGCUCAUUAUCGAUACAGACCCAGGAAUCGAUGAUAGCAUGGCGAUAAUGAUGGCGUUUCAAACACCGACGCUUGAUAUAUUAGGAUUGACUACUGUCUUUGGCAAUGUUUCAACACAAGAUGCUACUCGCAACGCCUUACUCUUGUGUGAGAUUGCUGGCUUCCCUGAUGUCCCUGUUGCAGAAGGAAGUUCUGAGCCUUUAAAGGGUGGAAUUCCUCGCGUUGCUGAUUUUGUGCACGGUAAAAACGGGCUAGGAGAGGUCUCUGUUCCUCUUCCGAGUAGAGAGAAAUGUGAGAAAAGUGCAGCUGAGUUCUUAGUUGAGAAGGUCUCAGAAUAUCCUGGUGAAGUCACCAUUCUCGCACUAGGACCUCUUACCAACCUCGCAUUAGCCAUCAAACGUGAUAGUUCAUUUGCGAGUAAGGUGAAGAAGAUUGUCGUACUUGGUGGAGCUUUCUUCGCUUUGGGAAAUGUCAAUCCUGCAGCUGAGGCUAAUAUAUAUGGUGACCCGGACGCAGCUGAUAUCGUGUUCACAUGUGGAGCUGAUAUCACCGUCGUUGGGAUAAACAUCACAACUCAACUUAAACUAUCAGAUGAUUGUCUGUUGAAGUUGCGUAACUCGAAAGGGAAACAUGCAAAACUGUUGAGCGACAUGUGCAAGUUCUACAGAGAUUGGCACGUCAAAUCUGAUGGUGUUUAUGGAGUGUACCUCCAUGAUCCGGUCAGCUUUGUGGCUGUAGUACGACCUGAUCUGUUCACAUAUAAGAAAGGCGUUGUUCGAGUUGAGACUCAAGGCAUCUGCAUUGGCCACACGCUCAUGGACCAAGGCCUCAAGAGAUGGAAUGGGAGCAAUCCGUGGAUGGGAUAUUCACCGGUAUCGGUUGCGUGGACGGUUGAUGUAGACGGAGUUUUGGAUUAUAUCAAAGGACUGCUGAUGAAGCCAUGA